AUGGCUGUCCAGUAUGUCCAUUAUAAGGGGAUAAAGUUCCCCCCUGGAUAUAAUUCUGUGGAGAACCUUUGCUUUGCUGAGAAUGAGUUUGAAGUGAGAGAUGACGACAUCUUCAAUGUGACUUACCCCAAGUCUGGUAGGAGUGGGAUUCCUGCUCGGGAAUUGGGUGGGGAGCGGGAUUUCAAAACAGAAAGACAUUCUACAUUUGUAUAGAAUCACAGAAUGCACAGCCCUGCCCAUUAUUUUUGGACCUACUACGAAUUCAGGCCAGCUUUGUCCUAAACAAAUUAUUACAAUGCCAUCUUUUCUCGUGCACUUGCAAAAAUGUAGCUGUUUUUAUGUGCUUCUGUAAUUUACUUCCCACCCCUGGAAACAUUUGUAGUUGUUUAGUUUUUAGGCGGGGGGAUUAAAGGACAACAUAACCGAAUCUGGAAACUGGAUAAUUAAGACGAUGGCCUUAACAUUCUUUAGAAAGACUUAAGGUUUUAAAUUCUGUAAUAGCAGCCUUAAACACCGAAUUUCAAAAAAGAAACAUAGGAUUGCUCAAAAUCCAAAAUCAAACUUGCUUGAUUCAUAACUGAUUGAGAUUCAAAUGUUGCUUGAGUUUGAAUGUUUGGGAAAUGUUAUUAAGGAUGUAAUCCUCUAUGCACUUUCCUGAGAGUAAACCCCAUUGAACUCAAAGGGAUGCACUUGUGAGUUGGCAUGUACAGGAAGGUUUGCACUGCAUAUUUUGAAAUCAAAUUCAAAGCCUGGUUUUCCUCUUCACCACUCCCACUCCCAAAUUUUGAACCAGAUGUAGAUGUAGGAAUUGUGGUGGAUUGCUUUGCAAAUGGUUUUGGGCCAGCCACUGUUAGAAAAUGAUGGUGUGCUUGGCUUAAAGUAAAAUGAAUUUGUGGGUACCGACAAAAUAACAAUCCUCGUUAAACCUGUGGAUUUCUUUUUUCCUUCAUCAAGGAACAGUGUGGAUGAUUGAGAUUCUCAGCUUGAUCCUCAAUGGAGGUAAUCCAAGCUGGAAUCAAUCUAUGCUUAAUUCCUGUCGUGCCCCCUGGUUCACCACCCAGCUAGGCCUGGAGGCUGCGCAUCUCCUCCCACCUCCACGGCUGCUCACCUGUCACCUCCCCAUUCAUAUCUUCCCCAAAGCCUUCUUCAGCUCCAAAGCUAAGGUGAGUAAAUGGUGAGAAGCUGAAUAUGGAGUUGCCUGGGGUCCUAUCAAAGAGCCUAGGGACACUGCCAUGGUGAUUGCUUGUGCGUGAAGGGAAGGACAUCUUUGAAAAUGGAAAAUAACAUUUCAUUUGAUCCAGGAGUGAAGGAGAAAAACAAACCAUUUUGUAGUACUGUGGGUCUAGCCCAUUCAGCAUGAAAAACUCCAUGUUGGGUAUGCAGCUUAUUUAUGGGGGAGGGGGGAGUUUUGUCAUUAAAGUUGUGGUUAUAACUCCAGGCCAGACUUUUUUUUUUUUUUUUUGCUUCAAGUACCUUAAGCUAUUUUCAUUGCAAGGACUCAAAAACCAAAAUUAUAACUACACAGUAUAGCUGAGUUAAAAUGAUCAGUGUUGGUGUUGCCAUAUUCACCAAUUAACCAUAUUCCAGGUCUCAUCUGUACCUGCCCUUAGCACCUCACUGUUAUCACUCUGAAUGGCAAAAGCCAUUUUUCACCACAGAGGUUCAGCCUUGGAUCAUGCAAAGUUCCAAAUUUUACAACAUAAUGCUCAGAUGGUAUCCCUGCAGUCACCCUAAGACAGUGUUCACUCACUGAUAAUGCCCCACCCCCACCAAUUAACAAAAGUUUUCUCCCUUAGGUGGUGUACACAUUGCGGGACCCCAGGGAUGUACUUGUUUCUUACUAUCAUUUCUCCAAGAUGUGUGUCCCCUUUGAGAACCCCAAAUCCUUCAACCACUUCCUGGAGAGUUUCCUGAGUGGAGAUGGUGAGUUGGAUGGGGGGGGUGGCCAGAGGAGGAAGAAGAAGAGGCUGGGACAUUUGGGUGUCCUUGGUGGAAAUCCAGUUCAUGUGCCAAGCAGUUCAUUGCCACAAGAUGCAAUGAGGGUCUACUCACUUAGGUGGCUUUCGAAAUAACAGCUGAGACUAAUUUAUAGGGCAUGGUUUAUCUAUGGGUUUGCCUAUGACCCUCCAGAUAUUGUUGGACGCCCACACCAUAUAUUUAAAGUACUUUUGCAUUAACAGUCAUGCCUUCCCCCAAGGAAUCAAAGAAAUUGUAAUUUGUUAAGGGUACUGGGAAUUGUGGCUCCAUGUAUGGCGUGACCCUCAUACGGGUUCCUGUUGUGUGGCUGCUUACCUGCAUAAAUCUAUCUGUAUGUGCAGAGACAUGCCUUUUCGGACCCUUGGAUGCGUGUGUGGCAGUCGAGGUCAGGACCAGCAAGGUGCAGUGUCAUUGGGGCCAGGCCAGCAGUCUUGGUCCCAUUCCCCCUUCUGUGCAUUAUCUUUACUCAUGGAGAGAACGUGGAAGCUUCCUUAUUCUGAGUCCGACCAUUGGUCUACCUAGCCCAGUACUGGUCUACAAUGACUGGCAGUAGCUCUCCAGGGGUUCAGGAAAGGGAAAUUCCCAGUCCUACCUGAAGAUGCCAAAGAUUGAACCUGGCACCUUCUGCCUGCAAAGCAGAUGCCCUACCAGUGAGCUACAUCCCUUCAUUGUAAAAAUAAAAAAGAAAGGGGGGUGGUUCUGCAAAAGUAAGUCCACCACCCAUCACUGAUGUGUCCCUAUCUCCAUGUAUUCCUUGGUGCAGUACCUUUUGGAUCAUGGUUUGACCACGUCACAGGUUGGAUGAAGCUGAAAGGCAAAAGCAACCUCCUUUUCAUCAGCUACGAGGAGCUGAAGCAGGUGAGAACAUGGGGCAGAUCGCACCCUUUCCAAGGUUUCUGUAAAGCAUCCUCCCCAUUGGUUGAAAAAUGAAUGCAAACCUAUUCCACACGUUCUUCAUUGGUAAGACAAAUGAGACAAUGUUUUAGCAAAGUGGAAAUCAGGGUUGAAUUCAACGCUACCCACAUGUAGUUCCACCCGCACAGCAGGAUUUCCUGUUCUUCUCCUUGUACCUCACCCCCAAUCUGUUCCAGAGGGUCCCCCAACUUAAUGGAGCAGAUUUUGAAGUUGCAAUGGGGAGCAGGGGGCUGCAAGAGAGUGGAGGGGGAGAUUCCACUGUCCAAGUGGAAGUUUAUAGACCAAGCAGAAUGGCCAUGCUGGUAGGGUUGCCCUUCAGACACAAAAGUAGUUUUUGAGCUAUUUUUAAGGAAAUUUGCCAAAAUCUACACUUCCAACAUGGGUUACAAUGUGUCUGGAUUUUCCUGGACAUUUCAGAAAUUUGUGCCUGGACAUUGUUUCCGACAGCCAAAUCCUGACUACGUCCGGGAAAUUCCAGAUCUAUGGCUGCCCUAGGUGUUGGAUGCAUCCCAGAAUUCAAAAAUGUCUGCUAGGUGAUGGAGGGGAAAGACAAUUUACACAGGAUAACAUAGGAACCUCCCAUACACCAAGCCAGAUCUUUGCUCCAUCUAGCUCACUCUACUGCACUGCCCCACAGGUUUCAAACAAGAGCCUUUCCCAGCCCAACCUAGUGAUGCCAGGGACCUUUUCUGAGCAAAGCAUGUGCUCUUUCAGUUGCCCUAUGCCGCCUCCCAUUUUUAUUUCAUUCAUCCCACAAGUCACAACCUGUAUUCCUUUUCCAUUGUUAUCAGUUCUUAAACUGCAUCCUAAACAUCACUUGAGCUGCAGUCAUGGACACACUUUCCUUGGAGCAAGUCCCCGGAGUAGACAUGUACAGGAUCGUGUUGUUCUUUAUUUAAAGCACUACCUCCUACUCAUUUCCCCUGGGGUUGUUGCAUUGGAUAUUGCAGUAUCAUAAACAGGCAGACACCAUUAUGAAUAUAUGGUGAAACCUCAAGAAGAUGUCUCUAGUCUUUCGUCUUGGCUGUGAUUAUGUCUCAAGUUUUGUGCAAAAAUUAGAACUCAGGGCAUGAUAACAGAGGCGUUUGGGGUUAACUGGGAAACUGAUUCUCUGGCUGUGCUCAGGAUAAAUAGGGCUUUGCAUAUUCUGCAGUUUUCUGACAUGAUGCAGGAUGAGUGCACAAUUCAUCACCAUCAGCAUCUCAAAUUUCAUUAAAACACACACUUCAGGAUACAAAACCCUAAGACUGAAGAUAGGUAUCAAAGAACAUAGGUCUUAAUUUUUCUGCUGCCUAGAACACUAGUCCCCUCUGUAUCUGUUCAGGACCUGUUUGGUAUUGUGGAACGCCUCUGCCAUUUCCUAGGGAAAGAGCUCGAUGAGGCAGCGAUUACAUCAGUGGUGGAGAACACUUCCUUCGAAGCCAUGAGGAGGAAUGACAUGUGCAACUCAACAAUGCUUCCCAAGGAAUUUAUGGACCAAGAGAAAGGGACCUUCCUGAGGAAGGGUGAGGCUUGCUCCAGUAGCUUUUUCCGUAGUUUCAUAGGAGAUGGGGGAGAAGGGGCAUGGCAGACAGAUCACGGAUAAAGGAACAAUCCAGCCACAGUGCCAACAAAGGUGAGAGAAUUUGGGUGGCACCACCAGUGACCUUGCACAAUCAAAUAUGGCUGGGGCGAAGAUGGAGUGAGGACAGGAGUAGGAUGUGUGUGUGGUGACACAGCAGAAUCCUCUCCAUGUCAGCAAGACCAGAGACGCGCCACCUAAAAAACAUUUAUAUUAAUCAGUGCUGAGGCCCAUACCCCUAAAUUAAAAACCAGGUGAUAAUUAGCAUGCAUUAGUGCAACAGUAGAGCAUCAGGUUGUCAAUGGGGUGGGAGAGAGCAAUGCAGUAUCUUCGCCAUUGCCUAAGAGGCAGGCAGUGACAAAAUAGAAGGGGAAAGUUAAGCAACUUGAGAAGAUCGUGGCUGGCUGGCCAUAACAGAGAGUCUAAAUAAGUCUUCUGGCACACCAGCUCCAUGGGGGAGAGAGAGAGAGAGAUCUGAAGGCUUCUACUUUGACCUCUGACCUCCUGACUCUGCCUUUGCACCGGUCACUUUUCCCUUUGCUGGAAGUGUCCUGCACAAUUUCAUUGGCAAUUACAGGCACCCUUUGAUCUAGUAGCAGUGGCUUUUACAAUGCUUAUUUCCUCUGGCGGGCAGAGGAGCUGACUUGCAAAGUGCUGAGAAGCUCAGCUCCAGAGAAGUUUAAUCAAAGGUAGUUUGAAUUUAAUUGUUGCCCGUGUCCUCAUUUUCUAGGCAUCUGUGGAGACUGGAAAACUCACUUCACGGUGGCACAGUCUGAAUACUUUGACAAGGUUUACCAGGAGAAGAUGGAGGGCCUGAAAGGAAUAUUCCCUUGGGAAUACACUAGGCAAGAGAACCACUUGGGAAAAGGCCUUAAUUUCUGA